AUGUCGUCCUGGUUCGGUUUCGGCGGAAGCGCACCCGCAGCCCCAGCACCAACAUCGUCAAGCUCGGCCUCGCCCGUCGACACCGCCCCAACCACCUCCUUCACAUCACAACCCCCUUCCUCACCCUCCUCGUCACAGCCAACGUCCGCAAUAACAGUCUCCGACAUGCUCGCCGACCUCCAAUCCUCGCCCAAGCACGUCGAUUCCCUCAAACAGAAACUCGCCCCCGCUGUACCCCAGGACGACGUUGAAAUCCUCUACUUGUCCGACAACCCCUUCGGCCUUGCCCACAAGCCACCCACGGGCACCUUCGGCCCGUUGCCGAUGCGUACCGGCUACGAUAAGCUGCUGUAUGGGGUGGGGACGGCGUAUGUGGGUGGCCUCGUGUAUGGUGGAGUGUACGGAACGUUGAGGGGGUUUAGGACUGCGCAGGUGCCAACUUUCAAAGUGAGAAUGAACAAUGUGCUGAAUCAGACGACGAGAUAUGGGCCUUGGGCUGCGAAUUCCAUGGGAAUUAUGACUAUGGGAUGGGCGUUGCUGGACAACGCAUUCGAAGCAAUGAGGGGCGGUCAGUCGGAUUACUACAACCACGUCGCAGCGGCAUUCACAAGUGGAUUCCUAUUCAAAUCUACAGCCGGACUUCGACCUGCAGUAUUCACAGGAGCGAUCCUCGCCGGAGUCGUCGGAGCAUACGGUGCAUGGGAGCACAUCACCGAGGAAGGAUUUACUAUCCCCACUUUGAGCCGGCCUGCGCGCGCCUAAGCGCAAUUGACCGCGAAUGGAAUGUAGAUUUUUUUAGUUCAUAGAGGAUUCCAGGAAGUGGGCAUCGGUCAAUCGCGCCCCCCUUCGACCAACGCAUAUUACAUUGUAAUUACCGCCGGCACGAGUCAUGCGGCGACGUAACCAGUGAUUCGCCCACGCCGCAUGACCUAGAUAGUAGCUAACAAG